AUGGACGACACGGUUGGUCCCGCAGCCUAUGUCCUUUUUGAUGAACUAUACACCAAAGAAAAGGUUUUUCGCUCCAUAAUUACCAGCAACAAAACUCUAAAUAUUCGUCUUCUGGGCAGAUUUUCUGCAUUCAAAACUGAUAGCAAUCUGGUUGAACUGUUGUCCCCAUUUCAAGGUGGUGCUAUUCCUUGCGUUAUCGUCAAUGUAAAAUAUCUAACUGAAAACCAGAAACAAUGUUUUUCAAGUCAGACAGCUAAUGAACGCUUGAUACAAUUUAUUGGGGAGUUAAGUAUAUCAGAUGAUAAAAAACACUAUCACCUUACAGCGUUUUCAUUUACCUUUAUGGAUGGUGUGAGUUUGGAUUUAUACAGAACUGUAACAAAGAUAACUCGAAGUUAUAUUGCCUACUUACCGUCUUUGUGA